AACUCCAAAUGGGCUCCGAUACACCACGGCCGACCGCUGAAGGUCACAUAUACCAGCCUGCAGUGUGGAUCGUCAUCCCUGCCAUUGCUGUGAAUACAAAGAUAAGUGAUAUCAUUUUUAAAGGUCAAAGAUGACGUUAGACAGGUACGCUUAUAGGUAAUUGUGAUGUGCGAUUGUUGUUGACUUCCUUUGGUAAGCAUUACUGCUGUUGCUUUGCAGACAGACAUCACUGUCCAUUCGACUUGAUUUUAUAGAGCUAGGACGUUGUAACAUCGUUGACACUCAAGCUCGGACAUUGCUCCUCAGUUUACAGCGAGGGACACACCUUUUUGCCCGCAAGCGUAAACACACUGACUUGGGUCGAUGGUGCGAAAGCGAGUCCGAGUCAGCGUAAACAGUGUUAAAACGCCUUAACUCAAUAAUCAAGUCUAAUCGAUAGCGUAUUCGUUCUGUUUUCCAACAACAAUACUGUAUACCAAAGGCAGUAUGUAAGGUCUUGGAUCAUCUUAUCUCUUGUCUGUAUCCAAUAUACGUCUCGGUGGUAUCUCUAACAUAUACAACUAUUUACGUAAUAUGUUUGUUCAACAGCUGUCCGGGCAUUGGGAUACUGGCAGGAACUCUACAUGGGCUCCGAUACACCAUGGCAAAGCGCUGAAGGUCACCUACACCAGACUGAAGUCAGUUACCAGUUCGUGUCAGAUGGGACCCUAACACGAUCCGGUUCCACUGCUGGAGAAGUAUGGGGCAACGUUUACGGAUGCCAUAAAGAUUUGCUCAAUUAAGCCGUUCCGUGGAGGCUGAACAUCGUUGUAUAUUAAAGAAAUUGUAGCGACUAAUAUUUUUAUACUAAUGUGCAAGAAACCCCGUUUAAUACAAACAUACAUUUUUAUUUUUCCAUGUAUAAUUACUAUUUAUAAGAAAAUACAUUUUGUUUAAUUAACAUGGAAAAUACUGAUUUGCAAGAUGAUGAUGAUGGCGAUGGUGGUUGUGAAAAUGGUGAUGGUGCUGUUGAUUGUUGUAAUUGUGGUAGUGGUGGUGAUGGUUGUUAUGGUGGUAUUGGUGAUGGUGAGGAUGGCAGUUAUGAUGGCGAGGAAUGUAAUGGUGGUGGUGAUGAUGGUGUUGAUGGUGUUUGUGAUGGUGUUGGAGAUGGUUGUGGUAAUAGUUUUGAUAGUGGUAAUGGUUAUGGUAGUGGUGAUUGUGAUGGUGGUGAUGGUGAUGGUUACGGUGGUGGGGAUGGUAGUGAUGGUAAAAAGUGAUCGUGGUCGUGAUAAUGGUGGUAAUGGUUAUGAUGGUGGUGAAGGAGGCGAUGAUGAUGGUGGUGGAAGUGGUGAGGGGUCAUAGUUGUGGUGUGAUGGUGGUUAUGUUGGUGUUGAUGGUGGUGCUUGUGAUGGUGAGAGUGAUGGUGAAAUGGUAAUGUUGGUGAUGGUGGAGGUUAUUUGUCAUGUUGUUGCUGAUUGUUGGAUGGCUCUGGUGGUGGUAGUGAUGGUGGUGGUGAUGGAAUUGAUGGUGGUGAUGGUGAUGUUGAUGGGGAUAAAGGCGGUGAUGAAAGGUUUUAGGGUGAUGGUGGUUGUGAUGGUGGUGAUGGUGGUUGUGGUGUGGGCGAUGACGACGAUGGUGGUAAUGGAAAUGAUGGUUGUUAUGGUGGUGUUGGUUUUUAUUGUGGUGGUGAUGGUGGUGUUGGCGGUGAUGGGGAUGGAUAUGGCUGUGAUGGUGGUGUUGGUGGUGAUGGUUGUUGAGAUGGUGAUGCAAGUGAUGGUAGUGUUGGUGAUUGUGGUUGUGGAGGUAAUGGUGAUGGUGAUGGAGCUUGUUGUGAUAAUGAUGGUGUUGAAGGUGGUGGUGAUGGGGAUACGCUGGUGAAGGUCAUUGAAGUGGUAUUGGUGAUGGUGGUGGUGGUAAUGAAGGUGGUGGUGGCGAUGGUUACAGAAGUUUGGUUGGUGGUGAUGGUGGUGACAAUUGUGAUGGCGACCAUUACUUUUGUUUGACGUCGGUCAAUAAAGUCAGCGUUUACAGCAGGUUAUUUAAGAAAUAAUUUAAGUUUUACCAUUUACGUAAUAUUAAACGGUAAUUAAUACAGUACAUAAAAGACAAUGCCGGGCAUCAUCCUCACACCUUUUAACUGUAGUUAAUUAUGAACAGUUAAAAUCAAAUGGUGAGUAAUUGAAUCCUUAUGGUUGUGAAAACAACAACCUUUAAAGAAUCUACGCGGUAGCAAUUUAAUCUUAAUACAUGUAUAAUUCGAUUUUUUAUUGCCAAGUGUUAAUAUUUUCUGAUUAAAGUCCCUUCGUACGCAUCUAAAAAACGUGUUUCUAUAAGAGUGCGACAUUGUUACUAUCGUCUGUCCUGUUCCACGCAUGAAAAGCGUGCGUUUUGCAAAACCAGGUGCUAUAACUUAAUAUAGACUUGCAAUGCAGUGAAUGUAGUAUUUUAUGAUGCAAAAUGUAAAUCGGAAUACAUGAACACGAUGAAAAAGUAUUGACCCAUUUAAACUUUAGAAAAAAUAUUUUAAUUUACGACAUAAACUUUGCAGUAGAUGAUACGUUCGUUGACAUAUUUUUGACGGGUGGGAGAGUAGAGGAGUCAAACGUUAAUGCCAGAACAUGAUAAUGAAAAAAACAAUUAAUUUUUAGGCGAAAAAUAUUAAAUAUUUUUUAAUGUGGUUUGAUUGAAAAUUUAAUACAAUUCUCGUUGAUACCAAAUACAUUUAUUAUUGUACAUUUAUUAUUAGCAUUAUGUUGCGGUUCAUUUUUUGUUAGACUCACUGAAUUUUCUUUAGCGCCAACUUAGA